AAAAGCCUGUGUCGAGACCCAGGACCCUCAGAGCUCUCCAGCCACCUGCACCUCUUCACCAAACCACCAUCUCCACAUCUCCAGCCAAGAUGAUCAACAGCUCCAUCAAAGUGCUGCUGGCUCUUGCCGCUCUAGCUCUCAUCUGCGACGCACAACAAAGCCACGCAGUUCAGCAGUGUUUGUGUGCCAAUGUUAGAAACACUGUCGACGCAAAGAAAAACAUUUCAGACAUUCAGAUCUACCCUCCUUCAGAUUUCUGCAACCGAGUUGAGAUUGUCGUCACCAGUAAAUCUAGUGACCGUUAUUGCUUGAACCCUGACCUGAGAGUGGCCAAAAUGUUACUGAAUAGGAUAAUCCGAGCAAACAAGUAAGAAACUGGAGCCUCAAGUCCAAGUCCAACUUUGAAAUUAUGAUGCAGCUUACCACCAUCUUGAGUUACAAAGAAUGUAAAAUGUGAAAAUGAAGAUAGAAAUAUUGCUGUGUGUUCUCUAAAUUAUUAUUUUGUUUAUGUGUUUGCCUUGAUGUGGUACUUUUUAACAAUGGGCCUUCUUUUAGUCUCGCAUUUCCGUUCAUUUUAGUACUUUUAAAAUGUUUUGUUUGUAUAUUUUCUAUUUUGUAAUAAAAUAUAUUUGAAAAACA